AAAGUCAAAACACACGUCAAAUCAACAAACAAAAAAUGGAUGAGAAAGAGAUCCCAAAGAACCUGCAGAGAGAAGACGACGAAGAAACCAUGAAUCUGAUAUCAUCACUUCCCUCAUGCGUAGAUUUCGAGGGUACGAAGCUGUGCCAGUACCAAGGAUGUUGGUACGACAGCAAAACUAUGCAAGGAAUCCUCAACUUCCAAAGAGAGUUCGAGCCACAAGACACUGACAUAGUCAUUGCUUCGUUUCCCAAAUCUGGCACUACGUGGCUUAAAGCUCUAACAGUAGCUCUCGUGGAGAGAUCAAAACACUCUUCUGACGAUCAUCCUCUUCUACUUGAUAAUCCUCAUGGGCUAGUACCAUUUCUCGAGCUCAUCUUCGAAACCUCAAAACCAGAUAUGACCAAUAUCUCAUCAUCCCCGAGGCUAUUCUCGACUCACGUGGCAUUCCAAACACUACGAGAGGCUCUCAAGAACUCUCCUUGUAAGAUUGUGUACGUGUGGAGGAACGUGAAAGACGUGUUGGUGUCUUUUUGGUACUUCAAGUGCGCGAUUCUAAAAAUAGAAGAAGAGGGAAGCAUGUUGGAGUCAUUGUUCGAAUCGUUUUGCGAAGGAGUCACCAAUCACGGACCAUUUUGGGAACAUGUAUUGAGCUACUGGAAAGGAAGUUUGGAAGAUCCCAAGAACGUGCUUUUCUUGAAGUACGAGGAGUUGAAAACAGAUCCUAAUGUUCAGCUCAAGAAACUUGCCGAGUUCUUGGGUUGUCUUUUUACGGUGGAAGAAGAAGAGAGUGGAUCUGUGGAAGAGAUCUUAGACCUUUGCUCAUUGAGUAACUUGAAGAACUUGGAGAUCAACAAGACUGGAAAGACGGCUAGAAGGUCCGAUCACAAGACCUUUUUCCGUAAAGGCGAAGUUGGUGACUCGAAGAAUUAUCUGACUCCUGAAAUGGAGAAGAGAAUUGACAUGAUCAUCCAGGAGAAGUUUCAAGGUUCCGAUAUAGAAUUCUAAGUUAUGUGUGGUUUUAUUUAACCAAAGUACGUACCUUUUGUUGCUAUAUAUUUUAUGAUGUCUUAUUAUUUGUUACUACUAUACCUUGGUGUCGAAUUCGGUUUCUUUCUUGAACUGAGAACAAUAAUGUUGAAACCAAAACCAAAGUACAAAAGCAUAUGCGACACAUCAAUUGGAAUAAAUACUUUUUUUUUUUUUUUGACGAUCUUGGAAUAAAUACUUAUUAUAUAGUUUUUUCGAUAUAAUGUCUAACUGAAUAAA